AUGGCGCAAAUCAGAGGUACAGCGGGUUACCACCUCGGCAAUCAGCAGAACAUGUCGUCUUUUGGCGGACAGACGAGCUCAUCUGCAACGAAUGACCCUUCGCCACUCGACCAGAUCCGAGCCCAGACGAGCAAGAUUGAGGACCUCCUGGACACAUACUCCGAUCCGGUCAAGCCGUACCUUCCCAUGAUCGGCAGAUUUCUGAUUGUAGUCACCUUCUUGGAAGAUGCUCUGAGGAUCUUGACACAAUGGGGAGAUCAAUUGGAGUAUCUAUACCAAUACAGACACAUGCCAUGGGGCAUCAACCAUGUCUUCUUGCUCGUCAAUGUCGUCGCAAUGACCGCCAGCAGUAUACUUGUCAUUGCUCGCAAACACAGUGAAUAUGCUGUGGGUGGCUUGAUCGGUGUCGUGAUCACCCAAGCGCUGGGCUACGGUCUGAUCUUCGACCUCAACUUCUUCCUUCGCAACCUUUCCGUCAUGGGUGGGCUGGUGAUGGUCUUGUCCGACAGCUGGGUCCGCAAGAAGUUCGCACCGGCGGGCCUGCCACAACUCGACGAGAAGGAUCGCAAGAUGUACUUUCAGCUGGCAGGUCGCAUCCUGCUCAUAUUCUUGUUCAUUGGCUUUGUCUUCGCAGGCGAAUGGAGCUUUGGACGUGUGAUUGUGAUUCUGAUCGGCGCUGUGGCAUGCAUCAUGGUUGCAGUGGGCUUCAAGGCGAAGUGGAGUGCCAUCGUUCUGGUCAUGAUUUUGAGCGUCUUCAACAUCUUGGUCAACAACUUCUGGACUCUUCACCCUCACCACCCACACAAGGACUUCGCAAAGUACGACUUCUUCCAGAUUCUUUCAAUCGUGGGUGGACUGUUGCUGCUGGUGAAUAUGGGACCAGGACAGGUUAGUUUCGACGAGAAGAAGAAGGUGUACUAG